UCAUAAAGCGGUCGCCCAUGAUUGAUAUCAUAUAUUUUCGCGAUACCAAUUCACAAAUUCAAUGUCAAAGUAGUUAAUAUACAUUUUAACAUGUAGUUAAAUGUCUUAACUCUACAAGCUGCCUUCAGUGAAACAAAAUUGACCAUUCGGAACGAACUAUUUAGUAAAAUGACAAAAUUAACAGAUGUGCUACUCAAGAAAGCUAGGAACAGUAGCGAUAUAAAAACAAAAUGGUUUCAGAGUCCAACUUAUCGACAUAGAAUGAUAGCAAGACCUAACGUUCUUGGAAACAAAGUUGCUGUGGCAAACGUUGCUGCACUUAAAGACCCAUGUCAGGAUCUUCUCCAACAGAUGUUGUCAUGCUGGAAAAAGAAUGAGUUUAAAGAGAACACCUGUCAGGACGAGUAUGCAAAGUAUGCCCUCUGCCUGACGAAAUUCCGGACUAAACUUGAAGCAGCGGCUGCGUUCAGCGAGCAGACAGAGCUAGGUGAAGGUGCUAACCAGAGGCUGAAUCCAAAAAUUGCCAACAGACUUCUCUCCAUGUACUCUCAACCACCCUACGAGGUCAAGAUCACACACGAACUUGGUAAACCAAUGACAAAACCUCGAACAUUCAAAGGGAAAACCGACACCAAUCAAGUGCAUGAGAGGUACCAGGAUUUCUUGUUGAAGAAGUUAAAAAAAGGUUGAGGAUAACAUAACAUUGACACAUAUUAGGAUUUGUUUUCAUUGAGGAUAAGAAUUUUAUUUUGUAUUACAUCUAUUUAAAAUUCUAAUGCAAAAUAUACUAUAAAAAAAAUAAUAAUAGUUGUUUACGCCAGUGCAAGUCAGAUUGAUGGUAGCUUUAAAUUGAAUAGCUAUCGUAUGAAAAAUAUCAAAAAUAGUAAAAUACUGACAACAUAUAAAAAUGAAAUUUGAAAAUAAUAAGAUUUAAAUACUUGCUUUGUAUGCCUUUGAAUGGUGUUUAAAGUCACUUGGGUACGCGUGUACUGCUAAACUUUGAUUUUGUAUAUUCCUGUUUAAAUGUUAUGGUCGCAUCAUUAAAAUCCAUGUAGGUGAACUUUUACUGGAUUCAUCCAUAGGUUAAAUUUGUAGUAGAAGUUAUGAGGAAUGAUCUAUUCACUGAUGUCAUUGCCUUCUUGAUUUCUUUAUUUCACAUUUUUGCAAUUUUGUUGCAACUGCAAAUGAAGAAUAAAUUUACAGUUCCAUUUAA